AUGAUCUUCAUCAAGAUGACUACCAAGUUAAUGAGUAGGAGGGGAAGUCUCAUGUACUGGCAGGCAUUGAUUAGACCGACGAUUUGGCCUUUGGGAGAGUUUCUUCUACCGGUUUGGUGGAGUUUCUCGAGUGUCCAUCCUCUUGGAGCAAGGAAACGAUCUUCGUUCAGGACUGCAAAUGCAUUCGCAAACAGCAGCAGACCUUUCAUCAAUGUCCAGAAGGCCAUCGUUCUCUGUGAUGCAUUGAGUUAUAAAAUAAUCAGACUUAGAGUAUAG